AACCUGGCAACCUAUGACAAGCCUGGAGCAAACUAGAAUCGAGCAUCAAGGAGCUCAGCUCAGCAGCAAGAGCAAGCGAAAACUGACUGACUCUCGUCUCGUUCCUCGCAAGUCGUUUCCCUGCCUGCUUUUGAGAUCUGCCCAUACUCGAUCCCAAAAAUUUAGCCACCUCUUGUAUGACCAGCUCCAAGAAAGAAGAGCACUCAAAUUUUUGGCUGAGCUGAUCGUGGAGGCUUGGUGCGACUUUCCUCAUUCCAACCUUGUGACAAAAACUCUUGAGAAUAGUGGGGAAAGAUCACUGUGGCUGACCUUUGAAUUCUGCAUUGAACAACAAGAAAGAGCACUUUGGAAGUCCAGAACAAAUUGCAGACUCACCGUUGAGUGACUCCACCCGUGCGUGAACUUCCGAUUGACAACAUGGCAAAGAAGAACCAAAAGGGCAAACACUUCGGGGGUGGUGUUUGACACACGCUCAAAGAUGGUGAUGUCCCAGGGAGGUCCGCCAGAAAGGAUGAAGGAAAAGAUCAGCGCCGUCAGGGCAGUUGUCCCCAACAAAAGCAACAAUGAGAUUGUUCUGGUGUUGCAGCAUUUCGAGAACUGCGUUGACAAGGCUGUUCAAGCGUUCUUAGAAGGUAGUGCAGUGGAGAUCCUGAAGGAGUGGAAUGUCACCGGCAAAAAGAAGCCCAAUAAGAAAAAGAAGCCCAAGCCUCAGCCUGAGGCUCCGGCAGAACCCAGACCAUCUGAGGCCGCGCCACUCGAAGAGGUCAAGGACAAGACCAAUGGCUUCCAUCCAAAUGGAUCAUUGGUGGAAGGGGAGUCACUUGACUCGCUGAGCGAACAUCUGGACUCAGCCUCCCUGGAUGCAUCGGAGCUGGACUCUGAAUUAACUACGUCUGAAAUUGCAGGUGCAGAAAUGGAAGGUUCGCCCUCUCAAGCAGCACGAGGUUCUCACCAGGGGUCCAGAGGUAACAAAGCACGAGAUUCACGUCAGAACUCCUCCCUGGCACACCCUGACGGGCAGAGUCAGCUACGGUCGUCCACGGGCAAGAAGAUUGCCCCCAACAUCGACCGCUCCGUGAAGGACCUGCAGCGAUGCACCGCUUCGCUGACUCGCUACCGGAUGUUGGUGAAGGAGGAGAUGGAGUCGUCCCUCAAAAGGAUGAAGCAGACAUUUGCUGAGCUCCAGACGACCCUAAUGGACAGAGAAGUGACACUGCUGGCAGAAAUGGACAAAGUGAAAGCAGAGGCCAUGGUGAGUUUGAACGCCCGACAAAAGCGCGCUGAAGAGCUUCGCAGGCUGACCGACCAAUCGGCGUCUAUGUCCGAAGAACAACUGACAGAACUGCGGGCCGACAUCAAGCACUUUGUGAGUGAGCGCAAAUAUGACGAGGACCUUGGCAAAGCGGUUCGAUUUACAUUUGAUCUGGAGCCGCUGAAGACGAGCAUCGUACAAUUUGGAUCUGUUUACCAUCCCCGAACGGGUUACUCUGAUAGAUCCCGUUGCAGCUCCACAUCCUCCUCAGUGGUCAGCCCGACAAUUGUGGAAAGCCCUCCUCCCAGCCAGACCCAAAGCCCUCCCAGCCGUCCCCCGACCAAACAGAUCUUCCAAGGCAACCGCCGUACGUUCCAUGGAGCGGGCUAUCAGUUGGGCGGCCAGCGCUACAACAGCUCGAAUCACGAUCGACGCCCUGAUAAUCGGCACCGGGGCGGCGAAGGCGGCCCUUCGAACAGCUCCCGAGGCGCCUCCUACUCAGCAACCCCCAACCAAAGCCGCGCUUCUCACAAUGGUCUCCCGCAAAGGCUCCCGCGGAUGCCUUGCCCUUGACAUCAGAAUCCCUCCGCUCACUCCGAGCCCCUUAACCCACCUUGCACUCGCCUGACCCGCCUCUGCCCUCCGUCCCUGAGAAGAGUUUAUGUGGUUUCCCUUUACAGCGAUCCGUUCAUCCGUCAAACUUGAACAGCUCUCGUGCAUCGUGGCUAGUGUAGUUGACGUAGGCUUCCCCUUGCCGUCUCCCGUCCAAGUACUUUUCACCUCUUUCGAACCGUCACACAAUACCAACAUAUAAAGGAAGCCUAUGGCACUAAUGCUGAGCUGCUACAAACCCAGAGACAACUGGCGCUUUAGUGAAAUAAAAAUGUUACAAAAAGAAUAUUCACUUUGAAAUCAUCUCAAUUUUACGCGCAUGGCCUCAUUAGUUGAACACUUUGGCUAUUUUUCUUUUGCAACAUUGGAUACGCAAGUUAUUUGCACCUUAUGCCAUGUAGUGGAAGAGCAGUUUCGAUAUUGCUUUCAUUGAUAAUCCACACAAAAAUUAAUAUUCACAGUCAACUCCCCCCAUUUUGGCGGACUGGAUUUAUUUUUGAGAUGAUCCUCAGUUGCAUCUCUGAAUGUGAGGCCUCGUUUUCUUUUUCUGUGGCUUGAUAAUUUUUCCCCCUCCUUAUGAAGUCACGACAACUGACUUUUUCCUCGUGCAGUCUGUGGUUGAUUUUUACUUUUGUAGAAAACGUAAUGAUUUAGGGAGAUCGUUUUCAUGUAGGAAUGGGAAAAAAAAAAAAAAAUCGCGUUUUUGUGCCGCAGGAAUUUCACUGAGGUUCUCACUUUGUUAUCAACAGAACGUGAAGGAAAAACAAGUCAAUACCUCAUUGUGGAAGCUUUGAAAUGGAAAAACUUUUUUCCUUCAAUUAUCUUGUUUUUUUUCAUUCUUUAAAUUGAUGUUCAAAUGGGCUGCAGUUGAAUCUGGGAUAAAAAGUUGACUGAAAAAUACUUGGGGGGGGGGG